AUGAGCUUCAAACGUGCUCGUGCUGCAGAGCAAAGCAGGGGUUCCAGUUUUGCCGUGCCCGAUGCAUGUCAAGACCCCUUGAUUGAUGAAGGUUCGAAUAUCGAGGCUGCUAAGAAGUUUCGACGUCUUCUGAUUGAAAAAUACUUAGAUGGGUCUGCUACGGCAACGGAUACCUGCCAGCUUGCUUACUGGCACAACGAGUCAGGAGGCGGAGGUGCUGAGGAUCUGGCUUUGCACCCGCGGACUGCGGCCCGCCACGGAGCUGAACACUUGAGGUGUCAUCUGGCUAAAGAGUUCCCGGAACCCAUUGUGGAGAUGGUUUCUGUUCCCAUGUAUUUGAAGAAAUCCGUGGGGAGGGUCAUCGUGCAGCACCCCACCCGUGUCACUUCGGCGAUGAUACGGAAGGAGUUGAUCGACCUUGGUAUCCUUGGAUCUGAAUCUCCCGCUGCUGUGCAAGAUUUUCUAAAAUCCGACGAAGAGUUCGGGGAUCUCUACGAACGACUAUCGGAGCUUUGUGGCUGUGGCUGCAGCGGAUGGUGCUCCGUGUUUCCACUGUUGGAGGCAUUCAGACAAGAUUUGAGUGCAAAACACGCCGACUUGAGAUUACCGAUCAUAGACUUCAAAGCUGAUUGGGCUGCAUUGGUGGAGAUAGCUGCUUUGAGAACGUGGUCGCACAGCUUGCACGCCUGCCCUUGUUGUCUAGUCAAAAAAAGCGAGAUGGACAACCUCGAAGGUUUCACUGCAAGAACCUGUGCAUUCCCGCUGUUCGAUGAGAAGAAGUACGAAGAGUGCCCGUUCGAAUGCCUUUUUUUCGUGGGCGGCCAGCACGCCCGUGUGUUGCACAUCUCUCCUCUUUUGCAAAUCCCCGGAGUGAGUUUGGAUUCUUGGUGCAUCGACAUAUUGCAUUCCUGGCAUUAUGGGCCUCUGUCUACGUAUCUGACAUUCGUUCUUCGUGCUUUGUUGUCUACGGAUAUAUACAAGCCCGGCAAUACAGUGAUUCUGGACAAGGAAGAGAACGACAAGCUGUGUUUGAUGGCUCUGAAAGCAGAAAUGUGGGUGUUUUACAAGCACAGACGUGCCACCGACCCAGAAUGGAGCAAAAAAGGUUCGGAGGUCUGGAAUCUUACUCUCACGAUGCUUGCUGAGAAAGCAUUGAAGUGCAAAGCUGCUGAAACACAUGGCUUACUUCGCUUCGCUGUUGAGACGCUGGAGAAAUACAAGACUGUUCUGCAAAACUGUGAGCAAUCGCACAUGUUUGAUCUUCUCCUUCGGGCGGGAAGGGCAGCUGAAGCUUUCGAUCGUGUUAUGGCCAGCCACACUAGAGUGUUUCCUACCGAUGCAUGUGAUUCGUUGCACGAGAACUAUCAUCGAUUCAUUGUGCUUUGCUCACGGGCUGGUGUGCCUCUGCUGCCGAAAGGGCAUCUUAUGUUCCACCUCGUGGCUCAGGCCAAUGUGAGAGGCAAUCCCCGGUGCUAUUCAACUUACAUCGAUGAGAGCUACAAUGGUGCCAUUGCUAAAGUGUGUCGUUCAGUUCAUAGGCGAAACUGGGCUCUGGCGGUUUAUCGGAAGCUGGAGAUGCUCGAGAGUAUGCUUUCUGAAGAGUUCUGA